CGAAGAACCUGUGAAUAAGAGACUGAGGCAUCGCAUUAUUUCGGAUCAUAUUUACAACGAAGAAUUUGAGGACUUAGUUACCAAAAACUGGAGCUGUCAUAACGAGAUUAAGAACGAUAAUCUUGAAGUUAUAUCAACACCUUUUAGGCUUUUCAGAUCGAGAUUGCCAUGUGGAUGGAACGAGUUACAAGAAUUCACCUGAACAACAAAAUCUCAAUGUCGAGUUCGUGUUACUGUAAUACAGAUUACUUGCUUUGCCAUGACGAUAAUAUGGGUGAAAGAAGAAUCGCUUAUAUAUUGUAUCUUUCAAAAAACUGGGUUGCAGAGGACGGGGGAACCUUGGAUCUCUUUGAUACGGAUAAAGAUGGAUUGCCUCAAAACGUAGUACGUUCCUUAGUACCGGAAUAUAAUUCCCUAGUCUUUUUCGAAGUUAUGGAUACCUCUUUUCAUCAAGUAUCAGAGGUGAUUUCCACUGAGAGAACUCGUUGGUCUCUCAACGGUUGGUUCGAAGGUUCGUUAAGACAGAGUAAUAGACUGCCAAGACCUGUGUUAUUUUAUAAAUAUACUGAACCAAUGGAUAUGGAAAUAAAGUUAGAGUCAUGGGUCAGGGGUUGUUAUCUUGAAUCCAAAAUGAUUGACGAUAUCCAGAAGGUGGUUGAAGUAGAAUCUUAUGCAUUUCUUUCCAGUUUUUUCAUAGAAGAUGUAUAUAAUAAGCUUUUAGCGGAGAUUGCCUCUGAAAGUAUUUGUUGGGAAAAAGUUGGUCCUGCUGACGUACGAAACUAUGAGGUAGCAGACGAGAAAACUCUACCAGCAUUGUUGAAGAGCUUUUGUGAUAUAUUUAAGUCUAAAAUUGUAUUUAGACUACUCAGAAGUUAUACGGAAUUAGACCUUGUGUCUAUGAAACCAGACAUGAAACCAAAAAUGACUAUGGAAUUGCAAAGAUGGUCGCAAGGUAGUUACACAUUGAUUACUGAUAGAUUGAAAAACAAAAAUGAAGAGGAGAAUCAAACUGAGGAGAAAGUGUCUGAUCCAAAAAAUAAAAAUAAAAGAUCACAGGAUGCAAAAGACAUUAAGGAAAAAGAACUAUCAGAAUCUGUCACUAGUACUGAUAGUAAAUAUUCUAUACAAUCUACUAGCGAGAAUAAAAAGUCUAUUAACAGUAAAGAUACUGUAUCUAUGCAAUCAAAUAGUGACAAUAAAUCUUCUAAAAGUAGCAAAGAUUCUACAUCCAAACAAUGUAGUAGUGGCACUAAAUCUUCUAAAAGUAGCAAAGAUUUUAAGUCUAAGCGAUCUGGUAGUAAAAGUAAGAAGAGUGCGAACGGUAAGAAAAAAGAGACAUGUAAAUCGGAAAAUUUGGAAUCUUCUAAGAGUAGCGAAGAUUCUCAAUCUACAAGAUGUAGUUGUAGCAAUAAAAUUACAGGAAAUGCAUGUAGAUACUGUAACACGCUUUUUAGCGAUAAAGAAUACGAGGACAUUGAAGAAGAAGAAGUGCCAAAGUUAAAGAAGAAAAAGUAUAAGAAAAUUAGACCAAAGAAUGUAGAAUCGCAAACGUCUUCAUCGGGAUUAGAAAAUUCACCUUCUAGUUUUUAUGAUAUACUCGAUAGAAGUGAUUCUGACGAUGUAUCUGACAUUGGUGAUUAUCUUUCGGAUCCCUCUGAUUAUGAUAUGGAAUCGCAAAAUGAAACGUUAGAAGAAGAGGAGGAAGAAGAUGAAGAAGGUACUCUGGACGUUAUCGUUCAGUUUCAUACGGCUAAUUUAUCACAAGAGCAAACAAUAGAUUAUGUUCACCCCAAAGAAAAAGAAGGUUCGUUGAUUCAUAUACCUCCGAAAGAUAAUCAUUUGUGUCUCAUCUAUAAAACUUUGAGUGUCAGUCGUGUUCACAAAUAUAUCAACCAAUAUUGUAAAGGUUAUUUCUACAAUUUAGUAUGUACGUACUGCGAGUAGUAUUAUCAUGUUGAACCCGUGCCCAAACUGUUUGGCGGCCAUUGUACUUCGAUGCGUCGUUCAAAUAAUUUUUUUUUCUUUUUUCCUUUUUUUUUUUUUUUUUAAAUAAAUAAAUAUAAGGAUUGUACAGUGGAUCAUAUUUGAUCAAUGCGAUCAAAUAAUGCACGAGACGCGAUUAGUUGAUUUAUCGAAAGAAAUAUUUAUCUUGCGAAAGAAUUGUAAUAUAGUAUUCGUAAUAAUAAAAUUAUCAGUAUUUAUGGGCAUACGAUAUUUGUUUUGUUUUUGUUUUUUCUUUUCGUAAAGAUUAUUGUUACACUUUGUGUUCUCCUAUUUUCAUUGUGUCAACAUUUCAACCAAAACAAUCGUCUAUCCGCGAUGGUAGUUUUCGUACGACACGAGUUAUUUAACCAACACAUCUAAGGUGUGAAAAUCAAGAUCACAAUGCACAAGGAAACAUUCGCAAUUAUUUAUUAAGUGCAGCAUAUACAUAAUCUAAUAGAGAGUAACAUAUACAAAGUGGUGAAGGUUUUCAUUUCGGAAAGAGAUCAUGCAUAAUGUGAAUGGAAAGAUGCAGAGCGUGAUAUGUGUGUUUAUGUGUAUGUGCGCGCGCGUGUGUGAAUGUGAGAAAGAAAAUUUUCGUACAUUACAUAUGAUAUUGUUAAUUAACAUCUAUCUAGCAGUCAUUAACUUUCUAUCGGUUAAUGCAAACGUUAGGGUGAGACUAUUAGAACGUUUAUAUUAUUGAAACUUUUCUUCUUCCAUACUUUGAAAUAAAAAGGAAAGAGUUGUAAAAACGAAAAAAAAAAAAAAAGAAAAAAGAAAUAGAUGAGGACAAAACAAUCAAAUCGUUACUCCUGUUACGAAAAGUAAGAGAAAAUGGAAGGAGUUUAGUAAGCUAAAAAAAAAAAAAAGAAAAAAAAGAAAGAAA